CGCUGUCAACGCUCUGCGUGCAAGUCCCCGCGGGCGCUCGGCGGACUCCAGGCUCGGGGCCGCCCGGCUAAGGCGAGGCGCGCUCCCGGGCGCGGGGAGGGCACCAAGUUCCAACAUGUGCGACAGUGGGUCCGGAGAAGAGGAAGCGUCUAUGGACUGUGCCGCCAGCACUGUGGAUUCCCUGAUCAGCUUGCCGUUUGCCACUAUAGAUAUUGAAGAUGCUUACGGAGUCACUGAUGGGCCUCAGAUUAACUCGAAGAGGAGUAAAGAAAAGGAAACAGUCAAGAGCAAGCAAAUAAAGAAGAGGAAGAAGAAGCGCAAGGACUAUCAGCCCAACUACUUCCUGUCCAUUCCCAUCACCAACAAAAAGAUUACAGGCGGAAUUAAGACUCUGCAAAGCACGAUAAUAGAGCAAGAUCAGCGCCUGGCUAAAGCCAUGGUUGGUGAUGGCUCCUUCCACGUUACCUUGCUAGUGAUGCAGCUGUUAAAUGCAGAUGAAGUGAACAUCGGUGUGGAUGCACUUUUGCAGUUGAAGCCGUCGGUAGAAGAUGUCCUCCAGGGCCGGCAGCUGACGUUACCCUUCCAAGGGACUGACACCUUCGGAAAUCAGGUUGGCUUCGUGAAGCUGGCGGAUGGAGACCACAUCCCCCCACUUUUAGAGAUUGCAGAGAUUGCAAAGAGAACGUUUCAAGAAAAAGGUGUCCUGGCAGGAGAAAGCAGAAGUUUUAAGCCUCACUUGACCUUUAUGAAGUUGUCCAAAGCCCCCUGGCUCUGGAAGCACGGAGUGAAAAAGAUAGAUCCCAAGUGGUAUGAAAAAUUUAUCAACCACAGAUUUGGAGAAGAAACCCUGUACCGCAUAGAUCUUUGUUCCAUGGAGAAGAAAAAACAAAGUAAUGGUUACUAUCACUGUGAGUCUUCAAUUGUGGUUGGUGACAAGAAUGGAGGGGAGCCGGAUGACGCUGAGCUAGUAAGACUGAGUAAGAGGCUGGUGGAGAAUGCGGUGCUCAAGGCUGUGCAGCAGUACCUGGAAGAAACCCAGAACAAAAAGCAGCCAGGGGAGGGCAGCUCUGUGACAGCCGAAGAGGCCGAUCGCAUCGGCAAUGACAGUGAUAACAGGAAAUGAGACCGGAAGUGGGGUCCAGCCGCUCUGUGCAGUGCAUCCCGCCCUCCCUCUGCUAAGCCUGGACGCUGACUUGCCGUGUGCUCUUUAAAUGUCUCUUGUCUUGCCCAAGGAGACGGCCUAACACUCACGAUCGAUGUGUUUGCGCUUCUGAAACACAACAGAAGUGAAGCAGAAUGCUUGGGACUAGCAGAGGAAAUCAGUUUAUGGAAGAAGAAUGGGCCCUGUUUCCCUUGCCUUCAACCAUGAACAGGGAGGGGACUCAGGUUCCGCCUGCCUCCUGGAACCAGCGGCUGGGAGAGGCCUGGCCCUGAGCGCAACACUGCCGCUUCUAUUACAUGGGGCAUUCGACUACUUUACCUGAGGCCAAACUCACACACAGCUAUCAAGUGCAAAGUUCAGUUCAUCACUGUCAAAAUUAUCGUGGUCCUUAAUAUUUCGUGUUUGACCUCCGCCUGCUGUCACUAUGCACUGAUCUUCAUUUCCAGUAAUUUAUGUUCUAUGUAAAUGAUAUAUUUUUGGCAAAAUGCAAUCUUUUCUAUAAAAUGUGGGCAACAUUUUAAAGGUUU